AUGAAGGAAGCAGCGAGAGUGUUAGGCAGGGGGAUGCCCCUGGAUGUGGCUUGCUACCACGGGGCAGAGGGCGACUGUGGAGAAGAAUGGGGAUACCCUGAAAGGACUUUCGUGUACAUGGAACGUACAGAUGAGCCAUCAGGUGCUUGCACAAAUGUCAUAUUAAAUUUUAAAAAGCUAAAGUUAAGAAGCGAACAAAAUGUUGCUCAAAUGGUACGUCAAAAUCGUGCAACCAUAUUGGAUGCGUUAAAAAAGGCAGAGGUGGGAAUAGCAGCAGAUGGCAGUAACAAAAUAGGGAUACCUUCCCUAAAGAAUAAAGAAGUUGAAUCGGGAAAAUGUGAUAACCAGGAAAAGGCAAAGAAUUUAAUUGUGUGGGAAUUGGAUCUGUCCUGGAAUUAUUUUACACACCUAUCCAUUGACAAUAUUUUGUGUGUUCUCAUCGAGAAUGAAAUAAUUGGUGAGGGGAGUGUUUUAAAGGUGCACAAUUUAAAAACAAUAAACAUACAAAAAAAUCUUUUAAUUAUUUUUCCCUACUGGGGGAAAUACAAAUUGGAGAAUCUCCUUCAUUUGUGUUUAUCGCACAAUGAGAUUUGUGAAUUGGCACCCAUGGAUGGUUCGUCUACGCCUGCUAAAAUGGAGACACGUCCACCAUGCGGAAUUAACGUGGAGAGGGAUCCUCUCUUCGUAGCCGAGACGAAGGGAGAACAUCCUAGUGAAGAAGGGGCACUGAAUUGGCAAGCACCCAAUUUGACUCACCUUUAUUUACAACACAACAAAAUUACGUCUCUCCAUUUUGUUAAGUACUUACUCAAUGGACACAAAAAUAUUUCCCACAUAAACAUCAGUUUUAAUAGAAUAAAGUGGUUCAGUUAUUUUCCCUUUUUGGCAAAUUUGAAGCAGUUCGAUUUAUCAUUUAACACGCAAUUGUCAUGCCUCCGUGGUGACAAAGAAGUUGAGGGCAAAAGGGUGGAUAACCUUUUCAGUGCGUAUGAUCACGAAGGGGAAGGUGGACAAAACGGCUACGAGAGAAGCAAUUUUUUUAACAUGCCCUCACGUGGCGAUAAAAAGUUGAGCCAUCAAAACCUUGUUGUUACCUUAAAGUGUUUUUUCCCCAAUUUGGAAAGCAUUAAUUUGAAACACACACCAUUGUGUAGCACUUAG